UUGACUUUUUCGGCUAAAGUUUUGAACGAAUGUUCUAUUAACAUUACUGGAAGAACCUUGAAGAACGUUCUAAGAACAUUCGCUGCUAACUUGGACAACAUUUUUUUUUUUUUUUACACAGAAAAAAAUACUCUAUAAUUACUAAAACUUUAACUAAAAUUAAAUUUUUGAUCUAAUUUUAACAUCAGUUCCCUUCGAUUAAGUCCUGCUCCUGUCUCUCCUUUGUCUUUUCAGCCAAACUGGAAGGCCGCUCUUGUGAAUACAACGGCCGCAUGUAUCAGAAUGGAGAAAACUUCCGCGCGGGCUGCAAACACCAGUGCACCUGUAUCGACGGGGCAGUGGGCUGCGUGCCCCUUUGCCCCACCGAUAUUCCUCUGGCGUCACCAUCCUGUCCCGCACCUCGACUGGUCAAAAUCCCCGGCCAGUGCUGCCUCAGCGUAGACUGUCACGGCGAGUCCUCCGUCCUCCCGCCAGUGUUCAGACGGCCGCAGCCGCCUCCAUAUCUGUUCCCUCACCUGCACACCUACAAGAAACACAGACCAAAGCCGUACCCCUACAAGUCCAAAAACUCCCUGAGCAACGAACUUAUAGAGGUGGAGAAAAAGUGGGACAAACCACGCAGUCGAAAGCAUUUGCCAGCAUGGAAGCAAGCCGGACGGCAAUGUGUUGUGCAGACGACAAGCUGGACGCCUUGUUCACGCAGCUGCGGGAUGGGUGUUUCAUCUCGGGUCACCAAUGAGAACGCGCAGUGCAAGCUGCUGAAGGAAACCAGACUCUGCAACAUUCGUCCCUGUAGUUCUGUGGCUGUGCCAAUAAAGAAGGGGAGGAAGUGCUCUCGUACCCAGAAGUCUCCAGAGCCUCUGCGUCUGCGCUACGCUGGCUGCCGCAGCACACGCCUAUAUCGGCCCAACUACUGCGGGACAUGUCUGGAUGGGCGAUGCUGCUCGCCCCGCCGCACACGGACGGCCCCCGUGCUGUUCGCCUGCCCUGACGGAGAGCACUUCGAGAGGGCCGUCAUGUUUGUGCAGUCCUGUAAAUGCAACGACGAAUGUGGCCACCUGAACGAUGCGGCGCUCCCGCCCCAACGUUGGCUGUAUGGCGACAUGCACAAGUUUGUUGAUUAACAUCUUGUUUGUCCAAAGACCCGCCCCCGUGUCUUUCCCCAUCCAAUAGAGUAGCGUUUCAAAGUGUAACUCUGAGUAGACGCUAGGCCGAGACCUUAUUAUAAUGCAAAUCCAUGUGGAAAAAGGCAAUUUUGGGUUUCCAAUCCCUUGUGCCGAGAGCCUUAGAGUAGAUGUGCUUACCGCGAGGAUCCAGGAUGGGAUGAAUCCCAGUUGUGAAUAUAUACCAUGGAUUUUCUGAUUGACUGGUCCUUACCACGAACAGUGAUGCAUUCUGAGGCACCUGCACAAUCUAAAUAAGACUUUAAACAGGUUUAAAGGAAAAAAUUGCCUCAGCGGGAUGCUGAUUAGAUGCUUAAAUGUGGUGGGACCGACUCUCAGCUUCACAAGGGCUGGUCUUUACUUCUUCUGUAGUGAUUGCUUUGCCUUGACGUUCAAAGAACAGCUGGCAAAUAUGAGGGAAACUCAUCAGGAAGCCGGUUUAAGCUACCCAAGGUUUGACUCAGCUGCUUGUGGACUCGACGCUGAGAUUGAUGGUUUUGUGAGCCCAUGACUCCGUCAACUCACCGAGGGAUAUUUGCCAAGUGCCGCAGCUCCCUGGCGUCAAAAUGUCGGCUCCUCUGCUCCCGGCUAAUUACAAUCCUCUUCUUUGGGGGCAGAAAGAAACCCAGUAACCCUUUGGUUUGCAAUAAAAAUAUGUUUAAAACACCAGCAUCUGAUGUAAACAUGUAAUUUGAAAGUAAUGGGUGGGACUGUUCCUUCAAAUGCUGGUCUGUAAUCUACCAUGUGAUGGCAGAGCCUCGUGCAAACGGCACUGGUGUCUAUGUGUUUUAUAAUGCAGCAGUCUCUAUUUCUGCCUGGCAUCGGUGCAUGAACUGACGGAGGUGAUGUCGCACCAUCUGCCCCGAAGAAUGAGCUUGAACAGGCUUUGAGACAAAAAAAAUAAAUACAAUUUUGAAAGGGAGAAACCAUGUUGUCACUGUAAUUGUUAUUUUUAGUUGCAUUUCGUUUGAAUUCCCAAUCUCAAAUGAGUAAAAUGGCAUUUCUACAUUUUAGAUACAUGUUCUUUAUAAAAGCUUUUUUUUUUUUUUGUACAUUCUGGAAAGGUGUUGACUGAAUAAACUGCCAAUUACAUGCUGCAUGCAAACUUGAUGGAAAAUCAACAGCUUUCUGUUGUUUCGUGCUAAUUAACUAUCAUAAUCUGACACUAAUCAAAAUCAUUUGUUAUUAGAAGUUACCUCUGUCUGCGCGUGACGGUUGAACCAACGCGAUUCAAACGACGGAGGCGCGAAUUUACGGUUCGGGAAACUGUCGCAAAUACCUAGUUAGUUUUAAAUUUUAAAUUUAAUUUCGUUAUGCAUGGUACCUUGGUAAUUAAGCACAGGAAAUUGCGUACCCCCGAGGGGUUUUCUUCCCGUCUGGCGCGAAAAGAGCGGCGAUCUUCUGGUCCUUAAUGUGCGUCUGUGGGAUUUUCACCUGUUUCUCGGAUUACCAAUCAAGAAUUAUUGCAAUCAGUCUGUUUUAAUCAUAGCUGAGGUUUGUAUGCUUUUUAUUAAAAUUUGUACAGCCUUGUAAACAAAGUCUCGAGUGGAAUAUAUCAGGAAGUUACAUUGAGCAGCCAACAUGGUUAAAUGCUUCAUAAAUACACCAUUGAAAAUAUUUACUUGGAUUCUGGUCUGAAAUGGUAUUGUAUUAUAAGUUCCUCAUUUGUUUUAAAUCUUAGCACAGAGGACAACCACUCACCAUUCAUCAAAUAAACUGGCUUGUAAAAAUGA